AUGCCCCUAGUGUACAUGCCCGCGAUUCGUAGCAUCAUCGCACGAGACAUGACAUUCUCGGAGAAAAACCUCAUCUAUGCACUUAGUGCGCUCACAUCCUUUCACAUGGCAGGGAAGUCACUCGCCGUCGACGGACAACCAGCAUGGGACGAAGUCGGUCGCUUCUUUCUUGAUGAAUGUAUAUCUGUCAGACACCGAUACGAUUUUCUCGAAGACACGUCGUUAUUCGCAGUCAUAUCGUCCUUUUGGCUGAGCACAAGCUUUUUUGAGAUCAAUCAAAGCCGAAAGUCGUGGUUCUACCUGCGUGAGGCACUAACACUAGCGACGGAAAUCAGACUUCAUGAUGACAAGUCCUAUACUGACCUGCCACCCGAGGAGACGCUCUGUCGCCAACGCGUGUAUUGGAUUCUCUUCGUCACCGAGCGAAGUUUUGCUAUCCUGAGAAAUAAGCCUCUCACUUUGCGCAAAACUCCUAGCCUGCCAACAACCAAACACAGCUACGAAGCUCCCGAUAUACACGUAGGCUUCAUGAAACUCGUCAGCAUCUAUGUGCCGCUAGACGAGAGUUUUGUCAAUGCCUGGAAUGAUGGCAGUGAUCCCAGGGUUUCAGCAACAACUUACCUACACUUGCAACGACUCCUUGCACAGCCGCUGGACUUCUUGCGGCCCAAGAGGAAGAGUCCCACCCCACCUACGACACUUUUCCCAACAACCAUGGACAGUCCACAGGACGAUGAGAGUGACGAACCAGAUCCAACGUCGAUACAAAAGGCGGAUCUCAUGAUCACCCAGCAAUGGCUCCGGCUGAUCGUCUGGCAGUCCUCAUUUAGGCAGGGUCUUCUUUCAACGGGUGCCAACGACCAGAGUUUCCACUUUCACUUUCCUUUGUCCAUUGCACGAGACACCGCGUCAAUUCUCCAGUCUCUGCCAAGUCGAGCAGUCGAAGUGCACGGCAUGGGCAUAUUCGAAAAGAUUUUUGAAAUUGGCACAUGGUGUAUCAAUGUAAUGGGAGCGUACGACUCUGGAACUCCAAAUCCGUCGAGGCCUUUUGGAGGAGCCUCUGAUGGCGUGGCGGGAAUGGAUUACGUUGGAGGUGAAUUGUCCCUCUUCGGACAAUCUGGGCGCAGCGGCGCCGUGCUUGACCCCCUAGAGUUCUUCAUCAAAACAUUGAGUGCCAGUCCAAACAGCAAAACCAUGUACGCGGAUAAGCUGCUCAUGUUCGCAGAGCAAACCCCAAGCGGGAUGCGGACUAAUCUCAGCCCAGUCAUCAUUCCCUUUGGGGGUUUGACUAGAGAGGAUUCAUGGAGCACAAUCAGUGGCGCCAUUGGGGAGACUGUAAAGGACGAGGCCGCAGAUGGGGACGUAUAUUGUGAUACGGACUUGACAACCGAGCCCAUGACGAUGGAUACCGACCGUGGCAUGAGUCUGAGCGAGAUUGUAAUGACUUCGGGAUUUGGGAGGGUUAAUUCUGCAUCAACAGAUGAGCUGGGCUUGAACAUUGUGACAACACGGAGCUCUGGGCAUAGCACCUUGGACGGCGGACCACUUUCGGCUGGUCUAUCCAAUGCAUUUUCUGAUCUGAGCACGAGCGGCGACGAGUACAGCCUUCACCCGGUGUACACGAAUGAUGUGCUGCCCGGUAUGAGCAUACCGGGAAUGAAUAGCAUGAGUUCUGCGUCGGCAUGGGCAAGUUCAGACCCAGAUGAGGAACGGAGGAAGGGCCAAGCGCGGCCUCCUCCGGCGAAUCCCAAUGCCAAAGCGGAAAGGGUUCUUGGUAUCUGGUAG